CCACAAAGCUGUCAAUCUGGACACACUGAAUCCAUCACAAAACAACAGAACAUAGACAUGAAAAAUAAAUAAUGAUUUGACUACUGAUGAUAUUAUAGACAAUGAAGGUUCUGUUUUAUAUAAGUCUCAAUAUGAUCAUGUUUUUGAUGCUGUAAGUAUAGAAAAAAGUUGAAAACGAUGAGUCAGGAAUCCUAAGCUUUGACACAACCAACUCUAUUAGUUGACAUAAGCGUUUGCACCCUCUUAAAUGAGCUAUCAUCCCUGAUAUGGGAUCACCCAGAUAAAAAUUUAAUAACUUCUCCUACUUUCUCUUCUAUAUAUAAUACCCUCUGCUCUUGUCUAUUAAAUCCCUCCUUGAUCUAUCGCUCAAUUUAUAUAAUACCAGAAACCCAUAACACCCAUUACCAAAAGGUUGCCAUAAAAAGCAUUACAGUAAAUUGAGAGUUCUGCCGCCAUGAUUUUCCAGGUUGGGGAAGAAGAAGCAAGAGAGAUAUCUUCUCUCAAUAACAAAGAUGCUGAAUCAAAAGUCACCAACAGCGAUCAAUCACAAGCUGAUGAGGAUGAUAAUCUGAAGGAAUGGUUGAGUCUAGGCCUCAACAGAUAUCAACCAGUCGCAGCUGGAGACUGUGAUCCUGUAUUAUCGUCAAAGCCUGCUGCUACUAACAAGGUUUUCUCAUGCAACUUUUGCAUGAGAAAGUUUUAUAGCUCACAAGCCUUGGGGGGUCACCAGAAUGCACACAAAAGAGAAAGAGGAGCUGCUAAGAGGUUCCAGUCUAAUAGAAUGAUGAUGGCAAGUACAACAGCAGUUGGAUUCCCGUUCAAUCUUAUCUCAGUUAGAUCACUUGGUGUCCAAGCUCAUUCACUUUUACACAAGCCUACCAAAGAAGGGUCUAAUUUGGCUGCUCGGUCUGGGGGUGCAAAUGCAGGUUUUGGCUUGGCUUGGACUCCCUUUAUGCUUGAAGAAGCAAUGGAUUCUGUCUGGCCUGGAAGCUUCCGUGUGGACAGAGAACAAGCUUCAGAUUUGCAUAAGCUUGACUUAAAUCUUAGAUUGUGAUCGUGCCAUUUUAGUUUAGCCCUCUUUUUUUCCCCCUAAAUUAAUCUUGUCUAUGUAAUAAGCUAAAUUAAUGUGCUCAUUCUUGAAAUAAAGAUACUAAUUUAUAA